AUGAAGAGAACUUUAUUCGUUAUAGUCUUAAUAAAUAUUGCAACUUGCCAAGUAGUAAGUAAAACUGAAGCUUGUACUUGUGCGUAGUUGUUAAUUGCUUCAGAUUGUAAUAGAAACUAUUAAUGCUCAUGGAAUCUAACAAAAUUAGUAUGUGAAGUAUCAUAAAGUACAGGAACAGAAAUAACUAUUAAGAAUUAUGGAAAAUCACUGUAUUGUGAAGGAUAAGGACAAAAUGAUUGUCUUAAUAAGAAUGAAUGUGCAUGGAUUGAUAAUAAGUGUACAUUCUUUACAAGUUGCACACCUUUUCAAAAGACAAAUAAAGAUGAAUGUUAAGCACAAUCAAAAAGAUGUACAUCAGAUGGAUACACAUGUGUAGAAAUUGAUUUAUGUUCAACUUAUGUCACAUCAAAUUCCUGUUAUUAAAGUAGGACAAAUUACUGUUUUUGGGACGAAAUAACAAAGAAAUGUUCAGAUGUAACUGAAUGUAGUUAAUUGCCAUCUACUCUAACAAAAGAUUCUGAAUGUAGAUCAUAAUUAAAGUAUGAAUGCACAGCUAAAACUGGAGGAGGAUGUUUAGAAUCUGGUACUAAUUGUGAAGAUUAAAUAUCAGAAGUAGGUUGUGUAACUAAUAAGGCAAGAACAGUUAAUUGUUUUUGGGGAAAUAAUAAAUGCUAUGAAAAGAAAUGUGAGUUUGCAUUAACAUCUAAUAGAACUCAUGAUGAUUGCUAAAAAUUUUCUAAUAAAUGUACAGCAAAAGAAAAUGGUGGAUGUGUUGAUAUAAAAACAUGUUCAGAUGGAAAGAUAAGCGAGGGUUGCAAGAUUGAUAGUACAGGAAAGGAUUGUUAUUGGUCAUCAAUAGAGAAUAAAUGUAAAGAUAAACUUUGUAUAAAUGCACCAAACACAUUGAAAUCAAAUUCUGAAUGUCAAAAAUAAUUAUUACCUUCAUGUAUAACAAAUGGUGCAGGAUGUGUUGAUGAUAUUAGUUGUGCAAGUUCUAUUGUUCCUGAUUAAUGUAGUAUUGAUAGAUUUAAUAAUAAAUAAUGUACAUGGAAUGGUACAUGCAAAGACAAAACAUGUGAAAAUGCAGGAAGUGAAAUUAUUGGUCAUGAAUAAUGUUCAACUUACUCAAUAAAGUGUACUGGCAAAGCUAAUAAUAUUGCAGGAUGUUAAAAUAGAACUUGUGAAAAUGCCCCAAAUACAAUUACUACAAAUUCUGGAUGUGAAGAAUAUCUUUCAAAUAAGAAUUGCAUCACCAAAAAAGAUGGUGGAUGUGUUACUAAUACUAUUUGUUCAGCAAUUUAAAUAAGAGAUGCUUGCUUUAAAGAUAUUAAUGGCAAAGAUUGCUAUUGGGAUAUUUUAGGAGAUAAAUGUUUAGAUAAGACAUGUGCAAGUUUACCAUCUAGAUUUAAUACUCAUUCAUUAUGUAAUGAACAAAUUAAUACUUGUACUGUUAACUCAUCUGGUACUUGUGUUGAUUUAAUUUGUGAAAAUAUUAUUGAUAAGGAUAAUUGUAUAAAAAAUAAGGAUGGUGGUGAAUGUAUUUACUAUGAAUUUUGUUACUAAAAAUAAUGUAAUUCUGCUCCACAAACAUACAUUACUCAUGCAGAAUGCUAAGAAUAUCUAAAGAAUUGUACUUUAUCUAACACAAAGAAAGGAUGUAUGGAUAUACCAUUAACAUGUUCAGCAUUAACUAUUAAAGAAAAUUGUGAGUUGAAAUCUAAUGGUGGUAGAUGUGGUUGGAAUGGAUUAUCUUGUAUUGAUUUUACUUGCUCUACUGCUCCAAUUAAGACUGAUGAUGUUUAUACAGUAGCUCUAUGUGAGGCAUAUAAACAGAAAUCUAAUUGUGUACCUAAUUUAAGUAAGAAAGGAUGUAUGGAAUUAGUUAUUUAAUGUGAGUUACGUAAAAUCGUAGAAUAACGCAAUGUUGUAGGUACAAAAAGAAAUGGAGGUAAGACAUGUCUUUGGGAUGGAUAAAAUUGUUAUGAGAAAACAUGUGCUAAUGCUACAAGAGUAGGUUAUGCAAAUAGUGUAGUAGUAUUAGAUGAUAAAGUAAGCCAUAAUGAUUGUCAAAAUUGGCUAAAGGAUAAAGAUGAUAAUUCUCUUUGUAUUGUUGGAAAAUCAAAUAAGGUAUGUGCAGUAUAUCCAACUAAUUGUGAUGGUUUAGGUGAGAAUUCCUGUUUACCUAAUGUUAUAAAAAUUCCUAAUACAGAUCCUAUAUAAUAUUUAAAUUGCUAUUGGAAUACUAUAUAACAAUUAUGUGUAGAUGGAGAUGUAUGUGCAAAUUUGGAUAAAUCUACUCAUGAUGGUUGUUCAAAUGCAUCCAAUAAUAAAUGCACAAUCAGUGCUGAUGGAACCAAAUGUGUUGAUAGAUAAGUUUGUAAUUAAUAUUCUAAAAAAAUCUAAUGUGUAAAAGAUAAAUAUGAUUUUCCAUGCAAAUGGGAUGGGAAUGAUAAUGACACUAAUAAAUGUAUUAAUUAAGAAUGUUAGGAUUUAUCAUUGUCAUAAUGUGAAAUUAAAAAAAACACUUGUGCUGAGUAUAAAUAUAGAGAAGCAUGUUUGGGAGGAAUCCUUGGUGAUAAAUAAUAAUGUAAAUGGAAUGAAGCUACUAAAAGUUGUGUAAAUGCAUCAGUAAAUUGUUCUGAAAUAUUGACAUUUGAAGCUUGUAAAGCAACAAUUGUUGAUGGAGUAUAAUAAUGUGUUUUGAGACCUAAUCCUUUUUUGUAAGAUUUAGUUUGUGAAGAUGCUAUAUUUGAUUGUACUAAAGUAAAGGGUUCCGGUCUAACUGUUCAUUAUUGUAAUAGUUUGAAUAAAAGGUGUGUAGUCAAUAAAACUGGUGAUUCUUGCAUUUUAGGAAAAGAAUAUUGUGCUGAAUAUACUUCGCAUAGUGAAUGUGCAUGGUCCUUAUAUUAGCCUUUUUAGUCAAUAGAUUGGCCUUUUUAAAGAUGUUAUAUGCCAGAUAAUAUUUGUGAAGAGAUGGAUUAGUCAUGCAUAAAUAUUAAAGGAAGAGAUCAUAAUGAAUGUCAAAAACAUUUAAGCAAAUGCAGUUGGCAUUUUAAGUGUAUUCCUAAUCAAGGACUUUUUUAGGGGACAUAUACUUAUGAUAUGUGCCAAAAUAUAGAUUAAGAAUUGAGUGUUAAAAAUGAUGGAAGUGGAUGCUAUUUUGUAGCUGGUAGUCCUUGUUCUAUUUUACUACCAACUAUGUGCACAAGAGGAAUUGAUGGACCAUGCUAUGCCUUCAAUUCUAUUUGUGUGAAAGGUCCAGUAGUUCAUUGUGGGUAGGUUACAAAUUAAGCAAAUGGAACUGGAAAAAUAACUCCUUAAUAUUGUUUUGAUGUCAGCAAUGGAAAAUGUUCAGCGAACAUCACAUAAUCAAAGUGCAGAUAAGCCAGUGAACAUUGUUCCGAUUAUAACACUAAUAAUUAAAACCUUGACGAAUGUUAUUUUAUGUAGUCUACUUAAGGAAUGUGGUGCAUUUUAAAUGCAACUAAAGAUACUUGUAUAAGAUAUAACGAAUAGCAACAUAAAUGUUCAGAUAUUAUUUUAGGUGGUUAAAUUAACUAAACUCAUGAAAUGUGCUAAUUGUAUAAUGUUAACUGUACAGCUACAAACCCACCCAGUAAUUCAUGCACAGAUUAUUUAAUAUGUAAAAAUUACAAAGGAAUUUAUACAUUUUUUAAUUGUUUCCAAUUUGAUAUAAAAUGUUCAGUAAAUUUUGAUAACACUGCUUGCAUAGAAAAAUAAGACUAUUGUAAAGAUUAUAGUUUAAAAGAAAAUUGUGCAUAUGCAUAUAUAGAAGGACCAUGUGUUUGGGAUGAAAUCCAAAAAUGUAUUUAAAAAUCUUGCAGUUGGAUAACUGAUCUUACGAGUCCAAGUGCAGAAUAAUGCUAAGCAAAAUAAUUAAGUUGUAAUCUUCCAGCUGUUAAAGAGAUAUGCGCAAAGAGAGGACCUUGCUCAAGUUACACAGAAUCAACUUCAUGCAUUGUGAGUAAUAUUGGAUAAAAAUGUAUUUGGAAUUCUAUAUCCAAAUUAUGUUUUGAUAGAACCUGUGCUAAUGCUGAUUCUACUUAUGUUAAUCAUAUUAAAUGUUAAGAGGUAGGAAACUGUACAGUUAAAGUAGGGACGAAUGGAACAACUUUGGAAGGAUGCAUAAAUUUGGAUGCUUGCAUAAAUUAUAAAGUAGAAGAAUAAUGUAAGAUAAAUGCCUAAAAGAAAGAAUGUGUAUGGAGUUUAGCUGAAACACCCAAUAAAUGUGUUGAUAAAUCUUGUAGAUCUGCUGAUCCUAAUUAAUACACUAAUUUUGAAUAAUGCUAAAAUUAUUAUAAAAUUGGAGAAUGUACAUUAGGAGCUAAAAAGGAAGAUGAUGGAACAUACAAAGAAUUUGGAUGUAUGCCAAUUGGAUUAUGUACAGAAUAUUAUACUUCUGGAUAAUGUAAAAUAAGUAAGAAUAAGGAUGAUGAUGAUAAUUUUGUAAAUUGCUAUUGGAAUGAAACAACUAAAAAAUGUGGAGAUGCAAGUUGUGCAUAAGCUGAUGAUACAUUCACUACACAUGAUGCUUGUGUAUCAUAUGGUAAUGCUGCCAAUAUAAAAUGUACAAUUGAUAAGGAUGAAAAAGGAUGUGUUCCUAUUCCUAAUACAUGUGAAGAAAUGUCAAAAGUACAAUGUGUUGAUGAAGAUGCUAAAUAGAAUAAAUGCAUUUGGUUGGAAAGUAAUGGAUCUGGAUAAUGUGUUCAAAGAACUUGUUAAAAUGCUGUUAAUCCAACAAGUUCUUCUGAUUGUUCAUCACACCUUUAUUAUUGUACAAUGAUAGAUACAGAAAAUAAAUGCAAAACUAAAAGUUGUGAAGAUUAUUAUUACACUGAAGAUUCAGCUUGUGCUGUACUCUUUAAAAAUUCUAAGUGUACAACAAAUGGUAAAUUUUGUGUUAAUAGAGGAUCAUGUACAAUAGUGUAAAAUUAAAAUGGAUGUACAUCAGAUUCCAGUGGCAAUCUUUGUGAAUGGAUUGUUCCUGAAGAUCCAAAUAAAAUAGCUUAUUGUGUUUUGAAGACAUGUAAUACAGCUCCAAAAACAUUGGUAUCUGAGAGUUAAUGCUUACAAUACUUCACUCCAAAAUCAGGAGUUACUUGCAAUACUCAAUAAGGUGGAGGUUGUAUUGAAAGAAGUACUUGCUCUGCUGCUAAAGGUGAAGCUGCUUGUAAUACUGAUGCAAAUGGAUUAAUUUGUGCUUAGGAUUCAGAAACAUUUAUUUGUAGAAAUUAGGAAUGUAAGGAUAUUUCUGGUUCUACUCAUUAAACUUGUUAAAACCCAAGUGAUAAAAACUUAAAAGGUAAAUGUACAGCUGGUAAAAGUAGUAGAUGUGCUCCAAUUUAAAAUUGUACAUCAACUACUGUUCAAGCAGCUUGUGUUGUAGGAACUGAUGGACCAUGUAUUUGGUUGCCUGAUUAUCCUAAUGAUGACAAUACUAAAGGUGCAUGUUUCCGUUAUGAUUCAUGUAAAAGUCUUUAUUGGACUUAAGAUUCAUUAUGUAAAUAUAUAUCAGAUAAAUGUACUACUGAUGGAACAUCAUGUAUCGGUAUUACAUCAUGUGAUAAAACAAAUGUAAAUGGAGGAUGUGUGACUGGUACUGAUGGUACUUGUAUUACAUUAGUCUAAUCCCUAGGAUCUGCCAAUAAAUCUUGUACUAAAUAUGUCAGUUGUACUUUAGCCUUAUUUAAAACUCAUUCAGAAUGCUAAGCUGCUAAUCCUAACUGUACUACAAAUGGAACAACAUCUUGUAUUGAAUUAGGUUAAUGUGCAAUUUAUGUUAAAGAUGCUUGCCAUUUUAAUAAAGUUGGUAGAGUAACUAAUUCAAUGAAAUAAAUAACUUCAACAGGCAAAUGUAAAUGGGAUCAAACAAUUAAUUCUUGUAGAGAUGAAAACUGUAUUGAUUUCUAAGGAUCAACUCAUUAGGCUUGUUCUUCUUAAUUAAUUACAUGUACAACUGAUGGUACAAAAUGUAUUGUUAAGGAUUCAUGUACUUAAUACACAAAAAACAAUACAUGUACCAAUGCAUUAGGUACUGAAGGUUUGUGUACUGGGGUUUAAGGUACAAAUACUUGUCGGGUUAGGACUUGUGAUGAUAUUACUGGUGGUACUACUUUAAUGGCUUGUAGUAUUGUUAAUAAUUGUAUUACUGAUGGAACUAAAUGUAUCCCUAGAAGUACCUGCGAUAAAUAUACAACCAAAAUUGGAUGUUAUUCUAAAGGAACUGAUGGAUUUUGUAUUUGGACUGAAACUAAAAUUGGAAAUACAACGACAGGAAAAUGUUCAUUAAUGAGAAAUUGUGCAAGUGCUACUAAAGAUUAAGAUGCAUGUUAAUAAGCAUCAGAUAGAUGUAAAUGGACUGCUGCUACUGCAAAUACAAGUAGUUCUUGUGUUGAUCAUACUUGUGAAUCUUUUGGUGCUUAAUCUGGUAGAUGUUUAUAUUUCCCUAAUUGGGAUUCAUCCAAGUUAAAUAUUUGCCGUAAUGUGAAUGGUAAAUGUACAGCCACUGAUCCAAAAGCCUUACUUGAUACAGAAUGUUACAAUUUAUCAGCUUACAUGUAUUCAUGGAAUUCCAAAACUAAUUCAUGUACUUAAUGUUAAAUUGUUAUGACUCCUAACAAUUCUACAAUAGGAAAUGAUUUAAAUUAAACUGAUGAUUCAGGUUAUGUUUUAAGUUUAACAGUAUUGAUAGGAUACUUAUUGUAUUGA